AGAUGAGUUAACGACGUGCUCUCUUCACUCAUCACAACGUACUAAAAUCGCCACAUCUCAACAUCACACGCUACUCCAAAAAGCAGACGAUAAUUACCUUUGACAUCUCAAGUCUCAAACUCUACAUAUUUGCAUCAAAUCUAUUAAUAGUCGGACAGAUCAGAUCUCCAUAUCCUACAUUCAUAUCACCAAUAAUGGCUCGCUGCGACGUUCUCCUCCUUACCGUCCUCGUCAUCGCCACCUUCUCCUCAGUCUCAUUCGCCGACGAUGACGCAGAAUGUGUCUACACAUUCUACCUCAGGACCGGAUCGAUCUGGAAAGCCGGCACUGAAUCGAUCAUAAGCGCUAGAAUCUACGAUAAAUACGGAGACUACAUUGGGAUCCGAAACCUAGAGGCAUGGGGUGGGUUAAUGGGACCAGGUUACAAAUACUACGAGAGGGGUAAUCUCGACAUUUUCAGUGGGAAAGCACCGUGUCUUCCGAGCCCAGUCUGUUCGUUGAAUCUGACCUCCGACGGCUCCGGCGACCACCACGGGUGGUAUGUUAACUACGUGGAGGUAACGACGGCAGGAGUCCACGCUAAGUGCUCGCAGCAAAGCUUUGAAGUUGAGCAAUGGCUUGCGACCGAUACGUCGCCUUAUGAGCUCACUGCUGUUAGGAAUAACUGCCCGGUUUCGCUUAGGGAGAGUGUCGGUCGGGUCGGGUCUGAGAUCCGCAAGACUCUCUCGUGGAUCGUGUGAAUUAAUAAACGAAUGAAUGUGUGUGUGUUUUUGGAGACUUGUUCUAUGUUGUCUUGUGAACGUGUGAUUGCAAUAAAGAAAAAUUGAUUCGAUCAAAUAAUAUUUCAUUCUUUUUUGUUGCUGUCGGUAAGAUUUAAUCAAAUUUUGAAGUAAAGCA